AUGUUGCCUUGCGUUGAAUUCGGAGCCAACUGUAAGCCAGGCACAUGCCAGGCUGACAGCGCGGCGGUCAAAGGGUAUAGUUGUAAGUGCCCGCAGGGACACACCCUCGAAAAAGGGCCUGGCGGCGAGGCUAGAUGUGAGCUGACUGCGUGCGGCAAAUUCGGAAAAAACUGUGGCGUCGGAACGUGCAUAGAUGACGCAAGCGACACCCAGAGCUACCAGUGCAAGUGCCCGCCCGGAUUCAUGUCCGUCAAGGGGAACUCGGGGCCUACAUGCGAGCCGACCCCGUGCAGCAAGUAUGGAGAGAACUGUGGAGUCGGAUCGUGCGUGAAUGAUUUGUCCCAGAGUCACGGGUACACGUGCAAGUGCCCACGUGGAUACUUGCUCGCCAAGGGGAAAGCGGGGCCUACAUGCGAUCCGACGGCGUGCACGAAGUUUGGAAAGAGCUGUGGAGUCGGCUCUUGCAUCGAUGAUGCAUCCGAAAGCAGUGGUUACAGGUGCUCCUGUCCAUCGGGCUACGUGAGUAAAGUAGGCGCGUCGGGGCCCGUAUGUGCGGAGCGGGCUUGCCGUGUGUUUGGCAGAAAGUGUGGAGUUGGAGACUGCGUAGAGGACGAGGAGGCGCGCAAUGGUUACCGCUGCAAGUGCCCGCCGGGCUACUUUGCUCUUCCUGGACCUGACGGGUCUCUAUGCACAAGGACCCCCUGUUCUGUGUAUGGAAAAAACUGCGGGGACGGAAGGUGCGUCGAUGAUCUGCGUGCGGCUCACGGGUACCGGUGUGAAUGCCUUCCUGGAUAUACCAUGACUCAAACGGCCGACCCAGCCAAUCCAAGCGGAGGAUUCGCAGUGUGUUCUCGAGACCCGUGUAGCGGAAAUCCGUGCGUUUGGGGUACAUGCCGGCCGAAAGCCCUAGGGGGCGGAUACACGUGCGUAUGCCCCUCGGGAACCAUGAAAGUCUAUCGAGGAGGGAAGCCGAGAUGCUACCAUCGAUUGUCAUAG